GGAUAACACUGACAGUGAUACGCCUAUAUUCAUUAUUACUUUGGGUUAGAUAUUAUGGUUGAUGAUCCCCAGGAGGCCCUUUUCGGUUUUCAUUUAUUUGGUUCUUCUUUUGUUACACUUACAUGGUGUCUGAGCUGUAGUGCGGGGAAGCUAUCCAAAGCUCCAACGGGAUAAACGGGACCCAAGAUGCACCGUUUCAAAAUCGAAGUCACUAGACGUGUGAUGUAUUUUGCAAAUGAUGACGCCGAAUUGAGAAUAGUAGGUUGAAGAUGACGAUUUGUCGAUUGGGAAAAAUCCACAAUGGUUAUAAAAGUACAAGUCGGCAAGAAUAGGAUGUCACGAGCUUUGGGAAAGAUACGGAGGGGGAAAGGAGGGGGGAAGGAGGAAUUAAGGAGGACUAGGAGGACAAGUGUAAUAAGGACAGGGAUAUUUUGGAGAAGAUGAGGAGCCGACUAGCAAAAACAAAAUAGUCAGAUUUCCGGUGAGAGAGGAAAAGGUUAGAAUACUAAUAGUAGUUGGUCGUCAUGAAUCAAUCGUUAGUUCUUUCUGGUUCCUGAGGACCUCAACCGCGGUCGGCGAAUAAAUGAGGACUUCUCCCAGAUUAGGUAACCAUGCCAUGCGUCACCAUUCUCUCAAUCCAUGAGUGUCCAUCAUCUUCUCCCUCUCUUUCUUCUUACUUACAAAUUUUUGUCUGGAUCUUGAUAGAAGCUAGGACCGAAGAAGAAAAGGACAGGGAGAGAGAAAAAAGUAUAAUAAGACAAUUCUGUGUUUUUAUUAUAUUUCUUUUUAUUUUGUCCUGUUCAGGUCGCGAUAUGAAAACUUAAAAAU